CCACCUUCCUCACACAACCAGGACAAGCAAACAACAGAACCAGUGUCAGAUUUCCCUAGGGACAAGUUGAGGGCAAGAUGGAGCACCAGGGGCACGGCGCAGGCGAGAAGAAGGGCGUCAUGGAAAGCAUCACGGAGAAGCUCCCCCGUGGCCAUGGUGAUCACCAGCAGGCCACCGGUGGCACGUACGGGCAGCAAGGACACACCGGAGUUACCGGCACAGGCACCGGCACCGGCGAGAAGAAGGGCGUCGUCGAGAACAUCAAGGAGAAGCUUCCCGGUGGGCACGGUGACCACCAGCACACCACUGGAAUGAGCGGCUCGAAGACGCAUGCCACCACAGCCACCACCGAUGGCAACUACGGGAAGUCGGGACACACCGGCACUGACAGCACCGGUGAGAACAAGAGCAUGAUGGACAAGAUCAAGGACAAGCUGCCUGGACAGCACUAAGCCCAGCCGGUCUGCCCACGCCCGCGCCCGACCCGCUACUUUGCAGAAUAUAUAAUAAGAUGGCCAACUUCCACCGUGUAUACAUGAAUUUAAGCUUUCAUGGAGGAGCGCCCCAAUUCAUCUGGGUUUAAGCUUUCAUGGACAACAGUGUGUCGAGGGUUUUCGUUUGUUUA